AUGGACAAAAGGGUCAUGAGGAGAGACGCGUUCCACAAGGAGGAGCUGAGGAUUGUGAUCUUCGGGAGCAGUGGUCCGUCACAGUUCCAUCUCACCAACUGCAUCCUGGGAAGGAAGGAGUUUUCCAAGGUCGUGUGCAGCAUUGCGGGUUGCCGCAAGAACCUGGGCAAGCUGGCCGGCCGAUGGGUAUCCGUGGUGAACGCACCCAACUUCUACGACAAGGACCUGUCACGGAGCAAGAUGGAGGAGGAGCUGAGGAGGUCAAAGUGCCUGUCCUCCCCAGGCCUCCAUGCUGCUCUGGUGGUGCUGGACCUGGAGAAGCUCUCGCCCAAUGACAUCUCUGUGCCCAAGUUGGUGACAAAGCACUUUGGAGAAUCUGUCCUGGGCCACACGCUGAUCCUCCUGUCCUACGAAGGCCAUCUUGAGCGUGCAGCCCUGGAGGACUGGAUCCUGAGGAGGGACAGUCAUCUGAGAGUGCUGGUGGAGCAGUGCGGGGGCAGGUUUCACGUCUUCAGCAGGAGCUGGAGGGACCCUACGUGGAGCCGGGAGCUCCUGGAGAAGAUCGAGAAGAUGCUGAAGAACCAUGGUGGGAUGUUCUAUUCCAACAAGUCUUAUGCCAGGGCUGAGCGGAGCAUCAGGAAGGAAGAGAAGCGGCUGCUGAAGAAGCGGGCGGAAGAGAUGAAGAGGGUGUGGCGGGAGCUGGAAGAGCAGUACAGGGGGGAGGAGCUACGCAAAAAGAUGGAGGAGUACGAGGCCUGCGUGGGGGCGGAGAUCAGAGCCAAAGCGGAGCUCGAUAACCGGUGGCUCAGGACCUCCCUGGCAGUGGGGAUAGGGUUGGGCUUUGUGACGGGCGUUGCGCUCGGCUCCAUUGCAGGUGUGGUAGAAGGGCCAGUGGGUGUGGCUGUGGGCGGAGCCAUUGGUGGGGCCAUGUGCGGAGCAGCUGGGGGAGCAGUUCAAGUCGCAAUGAAAAACAUCGAAGACAGAGUGGUCCCCCAAGCUCGCACCUUCAGCUUCAACUCGGUCUUCAUCAAUCGGUUCUACCGGUCACACCGGUUCCAAGAGCAGGACAGGAUCAAGAGAAGAACAGGAGAUUCUGUAAAGAAAAGAAAAAAGUUAAAUACAAUGAUGGAAACUGAUGCUUUUCCUUCUGAAAAUGGUGAGACAAACAAUUUAUCAGAGCUGAGGAUUGGGUUGCUGGGGUGGAGAGAAAGUGGGAAGAGCUCAUCAGGAAACACCAUCCUGGGGAGAGAGGAGUUUAGAUGUGGAAUAAGAACUGCACAGUGUGUGAAAAGACAAGGUGAAGUAGCUGGGAGGCAGAUCACUGUGGUCGACACUCCGGGUUGGAGGAAGAACAAGUCUGCGAAGGACACUGCAGAGCUGGACAAAGAGGAGAUUGGGUGCAAUGUGUCUCUGUGUCCCCCGGGACCCUGUGCUCUAUUACUGGUCAUUAACGUUGACUCAUCGUUCACAGAGACACACAGGAGAUCAGCGGAGGAACAUCUGGAGCUUCUCAGCGACACGGUGUGGACACGCACUAUAGUGCUGUUCGCUGGUGGAGACUGGUUGGGAGACACAACUAUUGAGCAGCACAUUGAGUGCGAAGGGGAGGCCCUAAAGUGGCUUGUUGAGAAAUGUGGGAACAGAUAUCAUGUUCUCAACAACAAGAACAGGACUGAUGGCUCUCAGGUCACAGAGCUGCUGAAGAAGAUAGAAGGGAUGGUGGCAGGAAACAGUACUGGAUGCUUCAUGUUACCAGCUCGACGAAGGGCAUCAAGUAGUGAAUAUUUACGCCCCAAUAUGUCUAAAAGAGUGUGAAGUUCACCAGGGGAAUGUGCAGCCACACAAGCUCUCUCCAGUGUGAAUUGUCCACAGCUGAUGAAAAGACACAACCGCUGAGUUUAAUAUCCUUUGCAUUACAGAACCAUUAAGUCAGAUCGGUAAAAAGGAAUAAUUCUUGAAUAAUAAAUAAUACUCAUGUAAUAAAUCUCAAAAUUAUAUCUUUUUAGAUAAUUUUUUAAUAGUUACAUGUAGAACAGCAAAACAAUGGACCAUUUAUUCUUGCAGUGUCACGCCCACCACCACACUCUUUUGCCUCUUUCAGCGUAUUUGGACAUGCAGUUUGAUCUUCAUUUAAGCAAUUUCUGUAGAUAAAGGCGAUAUACUUGAACAACAACAGAACGAAUUUGAUUUUUCAAUCAUUUAUUCAACAAAAAAUUGAACUUAUGUAAUAUUAAUAGGUGGAAAAAGUAAGUACACCUCAGGUCCUAGAAGCUGGCAUUGCCCCCUUUAUCAGAAAUAACUUCUUGCAGCUGUUUUAUAUAACUGUCUAUCAGUCUUUGACUUGAUAAAAUUUGACAUGCAGAAUUUCUUUAACUGUGAAAUGUCUGAGGGUUUUCUUGCACGUACAGCCCGUACAUUUCAGUGGGAUUCAAAUCUGGGCUUUGACUAGGUCACUCCAUAACCCUCCAUUUCUUCUUUUUGAGGUAUUCCUUGGUAGAUACACUGGUAUGCUUAGGAUCAUUAUCCUGCUGAAAGGUCCACUUCUGCUUCAGCUUCAAGUUUUGGACAGGUGGCUUCACAGUUUCUCCAAGGACUCUGAUAUGUUGCAGAAUUCACAGCUGAAUCUAUGGUUGCAAGUGAACCAGGCCCUGAGGCAGCAAAGCAACCCCAAACCAUAACAUUUCCA